AUGUUUCGAUAUGACGCGGGUCGGGCAAAAAACCAACAAGCAGCCGAGGGCAGACACAAUGGCUCGGGAAUCGCUAUAAAAGCCCGUACACAGCUCGAAACCAUAGCCAACCAUGAGAAUUCUCUUUUUCCUGGUCUUAUUUUCCGUCGCUACUGCAGUGCCCGAACUGCUAUUUUGGCCGUUCCUGACUGCUAUUUGCCGUUCUUGGAAGCGACUACUCCAUGUACGUCAGCAAGUGAUUGCCCCUCCAAUGCUUGCAUUCACAGUAUCAAUCGGAUGCAAAGAGUCUGUUGCGAACCGAAGAAAGGCAGCGUUCAGCCGGUUUGCUCAUCUGGAAAGCCGGCACCUCUGCCUAUACUGUGCGAUCCACAGAACACUGAGGAUGCCUGUCCAGACGACUACGAAUGCCGUGAGAGUACUACCGACUUCGAGAAGGUAGGACAGAGUUUUCUAAGUUCCUCAGUUUUGUGCUCUCAGAUAGUCGAGAGCUCUACAUCUCCCUUCACUCAAGCACUAUCCCACAAAGCCUGUAUGUAG